AUAUGAGCAAGUGGUUGUAACCAAUAAGAUGCUUAUAUUGAACUUAAGCAACAAGCCCUUUCUUGCAAUAUAAAGUUAGCACCUCAACAAGGCCCUUCUCAUGGCCUACAGUUUCUUGUUUGCUUUUAUCUUGCAAUAUUAAAAUCUUUUUCCAAGAAAAUGGGCAUCAAGACCAAACAAAUGCUGAAGCUAAGAGUACUCGUAGUAGCCCUCUUUCUAGGCUUUGCCUUACUCCUUUCCCUCAGCAUAACAGCCUACACAAAAUCCAAAUACAAGCCCCUACAUCCCAGGAUCGAAUCCCAGUGCUGCAAAAACCCUUCAAAACUGCCACUUCCAGUAGCAAAAGCCCUCGUCCAUUACGCAUCCUCAAACAUAACCCCACAGCAAACCCCCGCAGAAAUCAAAAUCACGGCAAAAGUUCUGCAAAAUAGAGGCCCCUGCAACAUGCUGGUCUUCGGCCUGGGCUACGACAGCCUGAUGUGGAGCGCCCUAAAUCAUGGCGGCAAAACGGUCUUUCUCGAAGAAGACGAGUCCUGGAUCGGCAAAAUGCGGAGCAUUCACCCCGAGCUCGAAUCUCACUACGUCCAAUACCCUACAAUGGUUACAGAGGCCUAUGAUCUUCUCAAAUACGCGCAAUCCGCGCCCGAAUGCGCGCCCUGGCAGGGCGAUCUGGAGCUCUCCAGCUGCAAUAAGCUCGCUCUGAAGAACCUGCCUCCACACAUUUAUGGUACAGAGUGGGAUCUCAUCAUGAUCGAUGCUCCUAGAGGAUAUUUUCCUGAGGCACCUGGGCGAAUGCAGGCUAUUUAUAGCUCGGCUGUUAUGGCUUUGAACAGACAAUCGAGCGGGAAUACUGAUGUGUUUGUCCACGACGUGGCUCGAACCGUGGAGGAUAUUUAUUCCAAGGCUUUUCUUUGCCAGGAGAAUCUGGUGGCUGCUGAAGGAAAGCUUUGGCAUUUCAAUAUCCCUGCUAAAGCCGGGGCUAUCACAUUCUGCUCUAAGCAGUGAGGUGUGAGGUAGGAGGUAGGAGGCAGACUUUUCUUGUAUAUUGGUGAAGUCACAAAUGGGGGAUUUAAUCAUCUUUUGUUUUAGGUGUCGUGAUUUUAAAUGGAGAUGAAAUCAUAAAUGAGGGAUUUUAUCAUCUUUCAUUUUAGGUGUGUGAUCUUGAAUGUAGGUGAAGACACAAAUGAGGGACCUUAUCAUCUAUUGUUUUAGGUGUGUGAUCUUAAAUAUAGGUGAAGGCACAAAUGGGGGACCUUAUCAUCUAUUGUUUAAGGUAUCAUGAUCUUAAAUGUAGUUUAUAUAAAUAUGCGCCCAAAUUUAAUUAUGAAUUUCAAUCUUUCUUGUUUUCCUACAAGAUGAAUUUGUAUGCUGUCCAAUGAAGAGGCUCAAAGUGUCCGCUUUUAGCCCUCUCCAUAGAGGCUUUCUCUAUAAGAGUUGGAGGCUACAUGUCCUUCUUGGAUUUUUUUAGUUGAGUUAGGAGGGAUUGAGCUUCUAUGCUUUGUAAUGAAGGAGCUCUUAGCCUUCCAUGUUGAUCUUUUGCCUCCCUUGAGGUUGUGUAUGUAUUUUUCUUUGAAGAGUUUUAAGGAAGUUAUUUUUUGAACUCUAUGAGAAAUAAAACUUUCAUGUAAUGCAAUGAAGGUCAUCUAAUUUGAGCUUAUAUAUAUAUAUAUA